CAGUCAAGUGAAAAAAUGGCUCCAAAGAUUGCUAUUGUGUUUUAUUCCAUGUACGGCCACGUACAGAAGCUGGCUGAGGCUGAGAAAAACGGCAUUGAAGCCGCUGGCGGAUCUGCCGAGAUCUUCCAAAUUGCUGAAACUCUUCCUGAGGAAGCUUUAAAGGCGAUGUACGCACCCGAAAAGUCAUCCUACCCAGUCAUCGAGCCUGAGCAGUUGACCCAAUACGACGGUGUCCUCCUCGGUAUACCCACUCGUUACGGAAAUUUUCCCGCUCAAUGGAAGGCAUUCUGGGACAAGUCUGGUGGUGUGUGGCAGUCAGGGGGAUACUGGGGUAAGUAUGCCGGCAUCUUCGUCAGCACUGGUACUCCUGGCGGUGGUCAAGAGACUACUGCUGUAAGCGCCAUGAGCACCUUAGCUCAUCACGGAUUCAUCUACGUGCCCCUAGGAUACAAGACUGUCUUUGCGCAGUUGACGGAUUUGUCCGAGGUUCACGGGGGCAGCCCAUGGGGUGCUGGUACAUAUGCUGGUGCCGAUGGUAGUCGCCAACCUACCAACCUAGAGCUUACAAUUGCCGAGGCUCAAGGUAAGGCCUUCUACGAAGCCGUCGCCAAGGAAGGCUCUGCAUGACUACCUGAUCCAAGUACAUAAUGAUGGCUUAUCCUCGAUGUCUGCAAAAACCAACUUUGAUUCCGGGUGCUCGGCCGAUCAAAUCUCUCAGUUGGGGCUGAAGCUGUCGUGUUCAUGUCACGUGUUCGAUGUUCGAUGUUCGAUAUUUUGAAGGGUGUACCAGAAUACGGGGACCGUGGCCGGAACUUCUGACUUUUGGGGCAACGCACAGGAGGCCUCAGUAAAUAUACAGUAUAUAGUAUAAGCAG